AUGUUUUCUCGGCGCUAUCCUGGCACCAAUAUUGUAUCCUCGAACUCGACCUGUACAGCAGAUCAGCUAGCAGAGAUUGCACAUGAGGUUUGGGACGUCGCCACAUUUCGCGUGUUUCCCUUGGUCCUAGAAAGCAUGUUGUUCGCAUUCUACACGGCGCUCAUGAUCUUUUACUGUCUACGAUUCUAUGGAAAGAGAGGCGCACAGCGUGUCUGGUUCAUCUUCGCCAUCUCCGUGAUCUUGUACAUACUCUCUACGGUAACAUGGACCCUCGACAUAUCGACGCUGUGGUCAGACAUGUAUUGCUUCCUUCCGGAUCGGCUAUCGUCAAGGAAUUCGAAGGUUUCCCCAGACGAGGCCCUCGCGCGGCUGAAUGGCAUUACCAAGAUUGCGCACGAUACUUGUGAGGUAAUCGUCGUUUUGCUUAGUGACAUUGUCUCUUUGUGGAGAGCAUACAUUAUAUACGGAAAACCGAGAUGGCUCAAAACCAUGUCUAUCGCAGUCGUCAUUGUCUCCACUGCUCUAUACAUCGUGAACGAGGUCAUGAUCUACGAUAUCUUCUCGUCUCAGCCAUAUCAGGAUGCCCACGGAGAACGAUUGGUCGUCGCAAUCCAGGUGGUCACCCUAUCGGCAACCGCAUGUGCUCAGCUAUUUGCCACCAUGCUCAUUGCUCACAAGGCUUGGACCCAUCGAAAGCAGCUUCGAGAGCUACUUCCUACUCGGCAAGGCUCAUACAGACAUCAGCGGCCCUUGGCCGUGUUGUGCAUUAUCAUCGAGACAGGGAUCGCAUACACUUGCCUUCGAGUUUUCUUCGUGCUCGCGAACUUUGGGACGCAUAGCGUCAGGCUGCUGGGAGAGGCCGCGUACAAUUGGUCAAAUGCCUUCAUGAGUCAGAUGUCGGGAAUGUACCCUACUCUCGUUGUUCUUGUCGUGUUUGUGCGAGAGUCGUUCAUUGAGCGAAGCAUUCAAAACGCGUCGGAGAUCGGCAGUAUAUCCGGCAUACGUUCCGCAGCCACACCCAAUGCGAACGGGGCAGAGCCUCAAUCAUUUGCGCAAGUAGAGGGUUCUUAG